AUGGCAUCCGUCAACGUUACUUUUAUCGGGACUGCCACGGCAAUCCUUGAAAUCAAUGGCAUCAAUUUCAUCACCGACCCGUUCUUUUCCCCUGCCAAUUCUGAAUGGGACGUCGGCAUUACUGUCCUCAAGAACGCGACAACUCCCGCUCUCGGCCUUGCCGACCUGCCUGCCAUCGACGCCGUGCUUCUAAGCCAUGAGGACCACGCUGACAAUCUCGACGAGCUCGGCCGCAAGCUUCUAGAUGGUCGGCGUGUCUUCACUACCCGCGACGGCGCGAGCAAGCUGGGACCGCGUCCAGCCGUCCGUGGCAUGGCUCCCUGGGAGACGGUCUCCUUCAGCGUCGGCAAGGUGCAGUUUGACCUCACAGCGACGCCCUGCCAGCACCUUCCGGGCGGUGAAUGUGUCGGCUUCGUCAUCUCGGGCCCCGAUUUCGGCGCGAUGGACGGGAAACCGAACGGGAUCUACUUUUCGGGCGACACCGUAUAUUUCGAGGAGCUUGCAACCAUCAGAGACAAGUUCAACAUCCAAGCAGCCUUGAUCAAUCUUGGCGCGGCAACAGUCCCUGCCGGCGACCCGCCCUUGAAGAUUACCAUGGACAGCGCCGAUGCUGUCCAGCUUCUUCAAAGUAUUGGCGCCAACAUCGCGAUCCCAAUGCACUGUGAUGGCUGGAGCCACUUUGCGGAGAACGGCGCUCAGGCGGCCAAAGUGUUUGAAGAAAAGGGUGUGAAUGAAAUCAUUCGCUGGUUGAAGCCUGGAGAAAGGACUCAGAUAAUCCGCAACGGUAGAAUCGAGUAA